AUGUCCCUGCAGCUACCACCCCACUGCAAACUCUUCACAGCUGAUGCUUCCUCAAUGUACACCAACAUUCCCACGAGGACAGCCAUCACCAAGAUCUCAAAGUGGCUCAAAGACAACCAAGAACAGUUCCCAGACCUGCCCACCAAGGCAGUCCUCAAGGCACUGAUUCUCAUUAUGGAGUGGAGCUUCUUCCACUUCGGUGACACCACAUGGCGGCAACUCAAGGGCACUGCAAUGGGAGCCCCACCAGCCCCACCCUAUGCCACCAUCUACUUUGCCAUCCUGGAGUCCAUUCUGCUUCGAUCCUUCAUGGAUAGUCUUGCAGUUCUGCAGCUCUACAGGAGAUACAUCGAUGAUGUCUUCGGCAUAUGGCACUGCCGAAUGGAAGACAACCAGCUCCUGUGGGAGGGCUUCCAAAAGGCAAUGAACAACAAUGAGUACAAGCUGCACUGGGAGUUCACUGAACUCUCCAGUCAGGUGGAUUUCAUGGACAUGACAAUCACCCUCACACAUGACAACAAACUGGUCACCACACUGUAUGAGAAACCAACCAACUUGUAUCUCUACAUCCCAUCCCACUCCUGUCACCCACCAGGCCUCCUGUCUGGAGUGGUGAUCUGUCGUCCCAGAACCACAAAACGCCAUUUCAGCCCCUUCGAACACCAAACGAAGGCGCAACCACACUUUGAAGGUCUGAACCUGACUCAAGAGUACUCAUUAUAUCAAGGGUAUAUCCAGUUGGUUCUCCUUCGAACCCCCAAAGCAUCAUUGUCGCCCGAUCGAUAG